CCCAGCCUAGCCUUCAGCCCUCUGCCUCCUUCCAGUGCCUGGCCAGCUCCUCUCUCUCAUUCUCUCCCCCUCUCCUUUGACUGACAGCCUGCUGUAGGAAAGAAGCAAUAAAGUCAUGAUGAAGCCCUACCGAAGCAGCUCCUCCGUCCGCAGCUUCAGCAGCCGCUCCUACACUCCAGGCCCCGUCAGCAGCUCCCGUAUCAGCACCUCCUACGCCGCCUCCAGCUACGGGGGCAGCAGGCACGGAGCAGGUCUCGGGAGCAGCUUCCGAGGGUCAUCCGGCGGCGGCAUGGCUGGCAUCACGGCCGUCACGGUGAACAAGAGCCUGCUGGCUCCGCUCAACUUGGAGAUCGACCCCAACAUCCAACAAGUGAGGACCAAGGAGAAGGAGGAGAUCAAGAGCCUCAACAACAAAUUUGCCAGCUUGAUUGACAAGGUUCGCUUCCUGGAGCAGCAGAAUAAGAUGCUGGAUACCAAAUGGAGCCUCCUGCAGAACCAGAAGACCACCCGGAGCAACAUGGACAGCAUGUUCGAGGCCUACAUCAACAACCUGCGUCGGCAGCUGGACGGCUUGGGCCAGGAGAGAGUGAGGCUGGAUGCGGAGCUGGCUAACAUGCAAGGCCUUGUGGAAGAAUUCAAGACGAAGUAUGAAGAUGAAAUCAACCAUCGUACUGAGAAGGAGAAUGAGUUUGUCCUUCUUAAAAAGGAUGUGGAUGAGUCCUAUAUGAACAAGAUUGAGCUGGAAUCCCGCCUGGAAUGCCUCACUGAUGAGAUCAACUUCCUGAGGUCACUGUACGAUGAGGAGCUGCGAGUUCUGCAGUCUCAGAUCAAUGACACCUCUGUUGUCCUGUCCAUGGACAACAACCGUAGCCUGGAUUUGGAUGGCAUCAUUGCUGAGGUCAAAGCGCAGUACGAAGAAAUUGCAGCCAAGAGCCGUGCCGAGGCAGAGAACAUGUACCAGAUCAAGUAUGAAGAGCUCCAGACAGUGGCAGGCAAACAUGGAGAUGACCUCCGCAACACCAAGAAUGAAAUCAACGAGCUCAACCGGUUGGUCACACGGAUACAGUCGGAAAUCGAUGGUCUGAAAGGCCAGCAUGCUAACUUGGAAGCCGCCAUCGCGGAGGCCGAAGAACGCGGGGAAAUGGCCGUCAAGGAUGCCAGCAACAAGCUGUCUGAACUGGAGAGUGCCCUGCAGAGAGCCAAGCAAGACAUGGCUCGUCAGCUGCGGGACUACCAGGAGCUGAUGAAUGUCAAGUUGGCCCUGGAUAUUGAGAUCGCCACCUACAGGAAGCUGCUGGAAGGAGAGGAGAACAGGCUGGAGUCCGGGAUGCAGAACAUGAGCAUUCAGACCAAAACAACUGGCUAUUCGGGUGGCCUGAGCAGUGGGUACAGCAGUUAUGGGGGUGGCUACAGCUCUUCGUACUCCAGUGGUGGCGGCUACUCUUCCCCGCUGGAGAGUUCGGCAGUCACAAAGUCCAAGGCCAUCGUGAUCAAGAAGAUCGAGACCCGGGAUGGGAAGCUGGUAUCCGAAUCCUCCGAUGUGAUGUCCAACUGAGCCCCAGGCCCCUCCCGGAUCCCGUUUAGAGUGCAUUAUCCCAGCGAGCCUUUUCCUUCAUCUAGUUGGGCUGAUGGCGUGAGAAAUGGGGCGGGGACAGUGGAGAAAUCGCUUCCUUCUCUCAUCUCUCUUUCUCUAGGGCAGGGGUGAGGAACCUACGGCCCUCCAGCUGCGGUUGGACUACAACUCCCAUCAUCCCUGACCAUCGGCCCUGCUAGCUGGGGUCUAUGGGAGUUGGAGCCCGACAGCCCAGUUUCCCUGCUCUAGGACAUCUGAGAUCACAAAAUACUGCAGUGUAUUCCGGCCCGUCAAUUCCAUUUCUUCCCCCUGCCCAUCACUCACCUUUCCAUGGCCAUGGAGCAUGUUCAUUGCGCUGAUAUUGUGUCCCCACCAAAAUAUAUUUUGUACUUCUGCCCAUCGUGAGGUUCUCCCAAGCCUGCCGAUACCUCCCAAUGUUAGUUGUUAGAAGGCAACGCUUUUCGUAGGACAGAGAGAAGUAGCAGAUGAAGCUUCUGGCAGAGGAGUAGCUGCAGGGGCCAGAAGGAGGGUUGACAAUCCUACACAACGAUUUCCUUGCAACGAUCAUGAGGGUAGGUAGAGUCUUUUAAGGCAAGGGUGGGUAGAAAAUAGAUCUCAGGGCCUUCCAACUCCCAUAAGCCCCUAGCAGCAUGGCCAGUGGUCAGGAAUGCUGGGAGUUGUAGUCCAAAAUACCUGGCGAUCUAUUUUCCGCCCUUCCCUCCAGGCGAAAUUGGCAGUCAUUCUGUAGGUCAAAAGGAUAACUCGGGGUACGGUUAACUUCUGCCCACAGGCAAUGAAACUUGUUCAGAUUAGGGGAAUUCCUGCAUCAGUGGAAAGCCCCCAAAGACAAGCUAAUCCUUUCUGAUUCCCAGGAAUAUAUUUCCGUGCAAACUCCUUCACCCUUGGAUGGAUAAAUAUGAACUGAUGGAUGUGAGUUGUUUUGCCAUUGCUGAUCUCUUCGGGAAAUUCCCGAUCUUCCUCUGCAGAGACCCAAGGAGCUUUUGGCAGGGGACUGGAUUCCUCUCCCCCUGGAUUUAUAGGUCCUGCCAAAGGCUCUCUUGCUCGCCCCCCACCCUCGCACCCCCACCUCCUAGAGGUCAGAAAGUUUUCUUCCUUGUGCGAUCAAUCCAAAAUACAUUGUGCAGCUAUUGUAAGCUUUCCCUCCUUAAUGGAUUUUGGGGGCAAAGAACAAAGAUGGAAGAAGGGUUGGGAAAACAUGGGAGGGUUACAAAUGCAAGACGUUGUCUGCCUCCCUCCCACCCCCAGUAAAAUGCUGUGAAUAAACAGUAGCACAGUUAGGUAAUCUUAGACCCGGACUUAAUGGUCAUUAGGGAUGGGUAUUGGUGCUCUUUAUGGUAAUGUGUAUUACUUUGCCUACUUAAAUAUGGUAAGCUGAUCCUGCUGACUUCCCCUCCACUUAAUUUGCCGCGUGGGGCCCUGGACAUCUGCCCCAAUGUCCUAUCCUGUCUGCACCACUGUGAAUGAGGCAGGGCCAUUGCCGUGGUCCUCCGUUCCCACCACUUGUUUAGUUCUAGUAGGGCUGAAUCUGCCUUCUGGUGGGCUAGUCAAUACCUGGCUACUCCCCAGCUGUUACCAAUGGAUACUGGUGGCUCCUAUUUCGGUGGGGCUGUGAAUCCACUCUGGGUUUUAGUCAGAACCACCCCGAACUCUAAAGGAGCUAUCCAAGGUGCUAAAACUACUUUGGGGCUAAGGUUCAGCACCUUGGACAACUGAUUUAGAGACCUGGCUGGUUCUGACUGAAACCCAGAAUGGAUUCACAGCCCCACCAGAAUUGGAGCCACCAGCCUCUAUGGGAUGCUGUCACCACUCCAGCUAAGUUGCACGAUCUCAGGUAACCAGGGAGGCGUCUCCUCCUGCAAAGGUCGCUGGGCUCUGGUGCUGCCCUUUAAGCCCUGUUGUCGUUGCUGCAACGUGCCAAGCUGUGCUUGCAGAACUGCUCUGCCAAGGAGGCUGUGAGUAGGGUGACCAUAUGAAAAGGAGGACAGGGCUCCUGUAUCUUUAACAGUUGUAUUGAAAAGGGAAUUUCAGCAGGUGUCAUUUGUAUAUAUGGGGAACCUGGUGAAAUUCCCUCUUUAUCACAACAGUGAAAGCUGCAGGAGCUAUACUGCACCUAUAUUGUGACCAGCUUUAAAAGAGGGCAGGGCACCUGCAGCUUUAACUGUUGUGAUGAAGAGGGAAUUUCACCAUAUACGAAUGACACCUGCUGAAAUUCCCUUUUCUAUGCAACUGUUAAAGAUACAGGAGCCCUGUCCUCCUUUUCAUAUGGUCACCCUAGCUGUGAGGCCUUCUCUCCACCUGAGGCCUUCUCUACAAAGGCCUCAGAAGGAAGGCCCACUGACAUUAGUGGGACUUGCGCCGAAACUUGAGCCAUGUCCUGGGACUGCAUCACUUCUUUCCGUCCUCCGAACAAACAUUUGGAGAGAAAUGACGGGACUUGGGACAAACGAACAGCAUCGUUCAUGGUUUAGUCUACUAUUAAUUCAGGUCGGUAAGGAGCAAUUUGCUUAAGCCACUGUGGUAGUUCUCCAGGUAGCCGUGCCUCUUUCCCUAGCCCCUCCUCCCAAAUAGAUUCCCCAGAUUUUGCAGGGUUCCCCCACCCCUAUUCUAAAAGGUUCAAAUGCUUCUCUUGCAGCUUAGUUACUGGCAGUAAGACCUAUCAGCUAGAGUAGGCUGAUAUUUUUUGGUAUUUUGGCCCCGCCCCCUCACCCUUCAGCCCCGCCCACCACUGGACUGCAGUCCCCAAGAACUUCACUCCCCCCACCCCACGGGCUGAAACAGCUUCAGCACCCUGAUGCUACAAGCAGUAAGACUAGCCCCAGAUGAGGAAGCCUGACAGAAGUCGUUAUUUCUUUAGGCCACCAUAAAUAGAAAUGGGCCAGUAGCAACGGCUCUGAGGAUGAUAAGCUUUGUGUGUUUACUGAGAAGGCUGCCCCAAUGUGCCAUUUCUCUCCCCCUCCUCCGUCCGCAAUCUCAGUAUGGAAUAUAGGUCAAGGCUUCAAUCCUAACCAAGGCUGUGAACAAUGCUUUUUUUUCUAUUGAAGGGGCAUAGAAAUGGAGCCUCCCUGUUGCUCAUCAAGUUAGACAGGGGCUUCAGGCAAAACAAUCUGUGAAUUUUUCCUUCCUUUAAAAAAACCCCUCUGUACCUCGUUUCCAUUUUAUUUGAGAUUAAAAGCUAUGCUGCCAACUUUCCAUGGGAGAAUAUAGCUCAACUUUGCCUUGUCAUUCCUGCCCCACCGCCAUGGGACAAAGUGAGUGCAAACAUUGCGCUGGGGUGUUUGAAAAACCAUAUUUUGUCAGGUUAAAAACAAGCAUUCAGCUGUUUAAUUGUACGCAUAUUUCCACAGAAGUAAAGCCCAUUAAGUUCUGCAAGUCUUUUUUCCAAAUAAGGAUGCAGGUUAUUGUAAUUUUACAGCAAAAUUCUCUGCAUCUUACUUGGUAAUUAAAUCCUAUUGGCCAAUAGGGUUGAAUCCCAUGGCAAUGUACAUAGGAUUACAGUCGGUUUAUUCUUAAUGCAGAUUAAGCACCAUUGACUCCAGUGGGAUUUUUGUAGGAGUAAAUGGGUGCCUGAGAAUGCACCAUGUCUCUUUCAACUCCUGGGCUUAUUAUAAGAAAAG